AUGACUGCCCCAAAUGAGCAACAUAUGGCAACUGUCAAUCCUCCCCCUCCAAAAUACAUCAAUACCCAAGGAACUGGUUGUUUGACCAAUCAGCUUCAAUAUUUGAAGAGGGUAGUUAUGAAAGCCAUGUGGAGACAUAACUUUUCCUGGCCAUUUCAUCAGCCAGUGGAUGCUGCAGGACUAAAACUUCCAGAUUAUUAUGAUAUUAUUACAAAACCAAUGGAUUUGACUACAAUUCAGAAGCGUCUGGAACACAACUAUUACACAUGUGCUGCUGAGUGUAUCAAAAACUUUAAAACUAUGUUUUCAAAUUGUUAUCUGUAUAACAAGCCUGGUGAUGACAUUGUUUUCAUGGCACAGGCGCUAGAAAAAGUAUUUUUGCAAAAAAUUGCACAGAUGCCCCCAGAAGAGAAAGUUGUGGUGGUCAAUAAAGGAAAGGGGGAAAAAACAGAUGAUUGUAAUAUCUCGUGCCUUUUAAUUAUGCAACUUAAGCUCCAUUCAUUAGGUAAUGACCAUCCUAACACUGGAAUCUCGCAAGCUAAACUGAAACAACCUAAGAAAGUGAAGCGGCUUCCAGCGACGUCAACACCAAAGCAGAACAUCCUUGAAUCUUCACCUGCAACUGCAUCCUCAAAUGCACUGCCCACUACUGAAACAGUAAUUAAAGGUGUGAAAAGGAAGGCUGAUACUACUACUGCAAUAAUCACCACAAGCAGUGAAUCCUCGCCAGCCCCCAAUGAGCCCAAAAUUACCAAGAUCUCAUCUAGAGAAGAGUGUGAAGGUUCUCCAGUAAAGCAAGACUUGCCAGACUCCCAGCAACCUCCGGAACCUAUCAAAAACCUAAAGCUGACAGCACAGCUGAAAUAUUGUAAUGCGAUCCUUGUAGAAAUGUUCUCAAAAAAGCAUGCAGCGUACGCUUGGCCUUUUUAUAAACCAGUAGAUGUUACCGUCGUGGGCCUUGAAGACUAUCAUAUGGUUAUUAAACAUCCAAUGGAUCUUGGAACUAUUAAAAAAAAAAUGGAAAACUACGAAUAUAAAGACAUACAAGAAUUUGCUGCUGAUGUUAGGCUAAUGUUUAUGAACUGCUACAGAUACAACUCUCCUGACUGUGAAGUGGUAGCAAUGGCAAGGAAACUUCAGGAUGUCUUUGAGAUGCAAUUUGCCAAAAUUCCAGAUGAUCCCACUACAUCUAGGCCUCCCUUGCAUUUCACGGCACAAGUAAAGGUACCUGUUUCUAGCGGAAGCAGCAGUGAUGACUCUUCUGAGGACUCAGAGCAGGAAAGAGCAAGGCAGCUUGCAGAGCUCCAGGAGCAGCUUAAGGCUGUGCAUCAGCAAUUGCAAGCUUUGGCUAAAACAACCUUACCCAAACUGAAAAAGAAGAAGAAAGGAAAAUCAAAAGAGAGAAGAAAAAGCAAAGUCAAAAACAAGUUGGGGAGUCAAAAAAAGAGAAAGAUGAAGAAACGAAGAAAGAAGAUGUCUUUGAACAUUCGAUCAAAGAAAGUCAAGCAGCAAGAUGAGCCAGUAUACAAUUCUGAAGAUGAGGAUAAUGCCAAACCUAUGAAUUAUGAUGAAAAGAGGCAGUUAAGUUUGGACAUAAAUAAACUCCCAGGAAAGAAGCUUGGCAGGGUGGUCUACAUUAUACAGUCAAGGGAACCUUCGCUCCACCACUCUAAUCCUGAUGAAAUAGAAAUAGACUUUGAGAAUCUGAAAGCAUCUACUUUAAGGGAACUGGAGGAAUACGUAAUCGCUUGUUUAAGAAAAAGGCCCAAGAAACAUUCUGCAAAGAAGUCGAAGGAAGAACUUAAUUUUGAGAAGAAACAAGAACUGGAGAGGAGGCUCCUAGAUGUCGAUGGGCAACUGAGCCCUAAGAAACCGAAUGCAAAAUCUGAAAAUAAUUCCAUCCCAAAGACUGUCAGAGGACCAUCUCGGCUAAGUGAAAGCAGCAGCAGCACCACCAGCAGUACCACCUCUUCUGACUCUGAGAGUAGCAGCAACGACUCCAGCUCCUCUGACAGCACCGAUUCUGAGUCUGAAAUGCACUUAAAGCAGAAUGGAAAGAGGCAGAAGGAUUUAUUUUGCAAAGAGCAGAUUAAGAUGCCAGUGCCUCAUCAAAGGACAUCCUUCAGUAUUGUUCCGCAAGCACAAAACAUUUUGCCUAAUAGCACACAGACACACAGCUCAACAGAAGCGAGGCUCCCCCAUCAGAUACUGCAGACCUCUCAGCCUUUACAGCACUCCCCUCUUAAAUUGCCAGAACAAAGCAUCCUCUCUCCACCAGGCAUGGUGGCUGUUGUGUCCCCACUAAAUUGCACUCCAGUUCAUCAAGCCACUCAAAGUAGCUUACUGGAAACCCACCCUUCCAUCAUCCCAACUCCUCACAAGCUUUCAGAGGUAUCUUGUUCCUCCUCUCCAACUCUCCUUUUGAGUGAUAGCAAAGGUCCUGGGAAAGCAUCAUUCCAACAGACACAAGCAGCUGCUCUCCAAAAUAAAACUGCUUUGGAAACUGCUGAAUCAAAAUCUAUUCAUCAAGAGCAAAAACUAAAGACUAGCUCUCCAGAUGGUCUGUGUGGGCAGCAUACGAUUGAUUCUACACAUUCCACUGUUCCAGCAAGCUGCUCUGAUGUCUGUGAGGGUAAAGCAAAGCAAGUUGCUAAAACUUCAGUAUCUCUUACAAAGGAGAUAAAAGUCAAGCAUGCUGAUUCCUGGACAAGUUUAGGGAAAAUGAUACCUGCACCAGUCUCCGUCAAACCUCCCAACGACAGCUUCAGACAGUUCCAAAAAGCAGCUCUAGAAAAAGAAGAAAGUGAGUGGGCAAAGGAACGCAAAAGGCAGUUGUCGGAACAAGCCAAGAGGAAACUGAAGAACCUCUCUCAGGAAAAAGAGAGGAAUAAUGGAGAAACAAAACUGGAAUCCACUACAGCAAGAGCAAACUAUCCAUCCCAAGGAGUAGACGCAUCAUCAAAAGGGCAGCUACAGUCCCCACAAAGUUUUGUCAUUGACCGUAGCUUGGCAAGAAAAAUGGAACAAGAACGCAGGAGGAGAGAAGCGAUGGCAGGCACCAUCGAUAUGAAUCUGCAAAGCGAUAUUAUGGCAACAUUUGAAGAAACCUUGUAG